AUGAAGAUAGUCUUGCAAGAGAUACGGAAGCGUUGCCCGGGAAGGAGGGAACCUACCGCAGCUGUCAUAGCUGAGUGCCCGAGUCCAGAGCCCCUCGGUAUGGAGGACGGGACAAUCCCUGAUGAUCGCAUCACGGCGUCCUAUAGUUCUUCAGGCUACCCUGCCACUGACGCACGUCUCAACGACAAUAAUGUGUGGUCACCAACGUCCAGCUACGCCAAUUCCUGGAUCGAGGUGGACCUCGUUGAGAGUACAGUGGUGUCUGGUAUCAUAACGCAAGGCUUGGCCGGGUGGUAUGUGACGCACUACACAGCGGCGUAUCAGAAGCAGCCCUCAUCCCUGUAUGAUCGCGUGACUGAUGGAAACGGAAUCAUCAAGGUGUUCAUCGGCAACACUAAUGGCAAUACUCCGGUCACUAACCUGUUUGAUGAGAGUGUGGUGGCGACGGUAGUGCGCAUCGAGCCUACUGAAUGGGUUUCUGGCGUUGCUCUGCGCUUCGAGUUGCUUGGAUGUCGCCGGAAUUCAUCCAGCUGA